AUGCGUCUCAUCCAGUGGUUUGACACAGCGCCCAGCCGGACUUGCCCGCAGUGCAGAAUCCAGGUCAGCAAAAGACACAUCAUCAGUAAGCUGUUUUUUGAUGUUGCCCCAGAGGAGCAGACAGCACCAGAUGCAGAGACUUUGCAGAAUGAACUGGACGAGGUGAAGGCUCAGCUCUCCAUGAAAGAGAAAGAAAAGCGGGAAUGCCAGGCCAUUGUGGAUGGGCUGAGGGACACUCUGGAUGUGCGCAAUGCCACAAUAGAGUCGCUUCAGAAGGUGCUGGGAGAGACAGAGAUGCUGUGCUCCUCUCUCAAGAAGCAGAUGAAAUUCCUGGAGCAGCAGCAGGAGGAUAACAGGAGUUCAAAGGAGGAAGCCCGUCGUCUGCGGAACAAGCUGAAAACCAUGGAGCGGAUUGAGCUGUUGCUUCAGAGCCAGCGCCCCGAAGUGGAGGAGAUGAUCAGAGAGAUGGGAGUUGGGCAGGCAGCAGUAGAACAGCUUGCCAUCUACUGUGUCUCCCUGAAAAAGGAAUAUGAAAACUUGAAGGAGGCUCGGAAGAUCUCUAGUGAGAUGACAGAGAAGCUGAAGAAGGAGCUGUUUUUGGUCAAUAACAAGCUGCAGAAAACAGUUUCAGAGUUGGAGAAGACAAAGGAGGAAUUAAAAAGCACCCAGAAGGAUCUGAAGAAUGCGGACAAGGAGAUCUUGAGUUUGAAGAAGAAGAUAGACAUCCUGCAGGAUACUCUGAAAGUCCCAUCUGUAACCAGAGAGACACUCAGUCGACUAGUCUUAGAAAGCCCUGCUCCCGUGGACCUGCAGCACCCGAAGCUGCACUGCCCGGCCGACAGUGAUGAGAUCAAUCUAGAUGCCACGUUUGAUGUGGACACCCCUGAGCAUCCACCCUGCAGAUCUCUCCUCAGCCCUGCAAAAAGGCGGAAGCUGGAAAAAAAGCCGCCUCCUGUGGUAAAUCUGGCGAAGAAAGUUCUGAAGGAAGCAGUGGAGAACUGGGCAGAUGAUCUGGAGGAUGAUGCUCUCAAAGGACUCUUGCCAGCUUUCAUCAGGAACUCUGUUCUCUCCAAGAAGCCAUCUUCGGGUAGCUUGCUGGGUCCCCACAAAAACAUGGGCACUGUGAGGAUGGGCUACAAUGGCUUGGGAGGUAGAACAAAGUUCAUACAGCCUACCAACCUGACAGAGAUCCGUCCCUUAGCUGUGAGGCGCAAGAAGAAGAACCUCUCCAGGCCAGCACCUGCAGCUCCCUCCACGUCUUCCAGCAGCAGCCAAGCCCGGCUGGACAGUUUCCUGCAGUGA